CUGCACUUUGCCGACGAGCAUCUCUGCCGUCCUGCUUCACUACAGUAAUCACUGCCCCCGGAUCUGCGAAAAUACACAGGGACUCCUCUGUAAAAGGCAGAGUUCAUCAAUGUAACUCCGGUCAGUCCGAAACUGCGCCGUUUACCUGGAUAAGUCCAUCCCGACGAGAAGACAGAGAAAGAGAGAAAAAAAAGACAGAGACAAACGCGAGUGGAGUUUCGACGUAAAAUUGUGAAGGAAAAGAGAAGAAUAUGAUCGUCAAGCAGCACUUGAUCUUCAUCCUUUACAGCCUCUGCGCAGACGUCUUUAAAGGUAGCCAAGGUCAGUUCCCUAUUACUCAGAAUGUGACGGUGGUGGAGGGGGCCAUAGCCAACAUGACCUGUCGUGUGGAUUACAAUGAUAACACUUCCCUCCAGUGGUCAAACCCUGCACAACAGACCCUAUUCUUUGGGGACAAGAAAGCUCUAAGGGACCACAGAAUUGAGCUGGUGCGAGCCUCGUGGCAGGAACUCACCAUCAGAAUCAGUGACGUCAGCCUGUCAGAUGAGGGCCAGUACACCUGCUCGCUCUUCACCAUGCCUGUCAAGACCACCAAGGCCUUUCUCACUGUUCUGGGAGUGCCAGGACGACCGGAGAUCACAGGAUUUACCAAGCCUGCCAUGGAGGGAGACGUAAUCACUCUGACGUGCACUACAUCAGGCAGCAAACCAGCUGCCAAUAUCCGGUGGUUCCGAAAUGACAAGGAGGUCCAAGGCACUAUGAAGGUGAAUGCCACAGGAAAAUCCUUCACAGUGAGGAGUAGCCUCCAGUUCCAGGUGGACAGACGGGACGAUGGUGUCGCCUACACCUGCAGCGUGGAGCAUGUGUCUCUGUCCAACCCCUACAUGACAACUGAGGUCCUGGAGGUCCACUAUGCUCCCCAUCUGGAGAUCACGCAUUCACUGAUUAUUCCACAGGAAGGGCAAUACCUGAAAUUGGAGUGUGUUUCCAAAGGCAACCCAAUACCUGAACCAGUGCUGUGGUCUAAAGAUGGAGGAGAGCUGCCAGACAUCGAGCGUAUGAUUGUGGAGGGCAGGGAACUAACCAUCACCACACUAAACAAAACAGACAACGGCACAUACCGCUGCGAGGCCAGCAACCACCUGGGGACCAGCAGUGCUGAAUAUAUACUCUUUGUAUAUGAUCCUAAUGCUUUAGGACAACAUGGACCUGAUCACGCUUUAAUCGGUGGUGUCGUUGCAGUCGUGGUCUUCAUCACCUUGUGUCUGAUAAUAGUUCUUGGACGAUAUCUGGCCAGACAUAAAGGGACAUAUCUAACACAUGAGGCCAAAGGAGCAGAGGACGCCCCUGACGCAGACACAGCCAUCAUCAAUGCUGAGGGAAACCAUGUGCAUGCAGAGGAAAAAAAAGAGUACUUCAUUUAGACUUCUGUUACUCUUUUCCUUCGUUUCAUGACAACUUUUGACAGCAGACAUGCAAAUUUAAGCUGCCUCAGCGUUACUACAUGGUCUGUUUUGCUUUACAUUCAUUAUUUUGUCUUCUCCAGAGAGCUCAUGCUUGGAUAUGCUUCUUUUCAAAGCAUUUGCUGACAAUAUAGCCUUCUCCUUUUGUAAUCAAUGUAAAUCAUGCACAAUUGGAUUAUUUCCAUUUCAGUUUUAUGGUGCCUAAAUGCUGUACAUUCUUCUGCAUUUAUUUCAUUGCUAGAAUUCAUUUUUUUCUCUCUACUCUUACUUUACCUGUUAUACAACUUUUUGCAGAUUUUUUAAAAAUUUAGAAGCAACAAGAAAUGUGCUUCAAGAGCCGAAAAUGUUAAAUACAUCAAUUUAUCAAACAUUAACAUCAGAAGAAUCUUUUUAGGGAUUAAACAGUGGUUUUGGAUGUUGCCUGGAGUUUACCCGACCACGGCCAUACUGCUUACAUAAAAAAAAAUUGUAAAACAAACCAGACCACUUUGACAAAACAAAACAUCUCAAAGCACAAUCUCUUUGAUUGUCUCAAGAUGAAAUCAACUCCCUUUUAGCACUGUCUGUAUAUUUCUGCAUUGAUUUAUAUUCAGUUUUUUCUCAUGCUGUUGAUUUGUACCAACAGAGAACAAGUUAGAAAAUUAAAGCACAAAGUCUGAGGACUAACAUGGAGGGAAAACACAUCAACUGUUUCAUGUCUCAGGAUUCAAUAUGAGUCUAAAUGGAGAGAUGGUGUCAGACACGUGAUGAAGAUUUCAGUACUUCACUUGCAGAUAUCAUCACGGAUGAGGAACUUUAAUUUUGGUUGGCGAUUUGAUGUUAGAUCCAAACUGAGUGAUUGGAACCUUGUGGGGGUUCAUUAUUUAUGUUGAAUUUUAUUGAACAACUAUGCUCAAUGUGUGGAUAUUGCUGUAACAUACUUUGCUAACGUGAAUAUUGGUGAACAAUAUUGUUGAAUCUUGGGAUCCCUGAAACAUUACAAUUUGUAUAUUAGCAUAUACAGUAUUUAAAGUAUUCCACAAGUCUUCAUUUUUUUCCCAUCUAACAAGAGGUUGUUUUGCCAAAUGGCGUGUAAAUAAUGUGUAAGUAUUAAAUUUUAGUAAAAGAUAAAACACUGGUUAUAGCUUUUAAUUUCAGGUUUUAUCAGUUCCCGUCACUUUGAUGAGAUUGUUUUCACAGUUAUGGAGAUUUUUUCAAACAGGGAUUCUAAUGAAUUGCUUAAAAUGUAAAAAAAAAAGAAAAUUCUGGUCAAAAUAUAUGUAUUUAUUAUUAUGAUUGAUUGACAUUUAUUAUAUAAUACUAUAUUGAUUGAUAUUAUUGCUGUUACUAAAGUAGUUGUCUGACAUUAACUUUUCCAUUUUUUAAUUCUGUAACUUAUCAUAAAAAAACAAUACAAGGAUCACCGUUAUGGCCUUUGAGUUUGCUGCAAACAGUUCUAAUGACAUAUUGAGGCAUUGGUGAAUCAGACAUCCCCUCACUGUAUAUAGUCACUGUAUCAAAGACAUUGAACCACAUUGCCAAUGCUCAUACAUGCUAUUUUGUUAGUUCAAUAUGAUGCUAUAAAUAACUCAUUUUGUACAAAGGUUUAAUCGCUGUAAUUAAUUUGCUUUUUAUGGGGGAUGUGUGAGGUUUGCUUUUUUCUCAGUAUUGAAUAUUCAUUUUUCAACUAUGCCACUGUAAAAAAAAAAAAGAAAAAGAGAGACAAAGUGCGGAUUAAAAUAUGAACAACUUGAAAACUGUCA